AUGAUGUUUUCUGCUUUCUUAUUAUUAUUCACCAACACCCAGGACAAUGCAUCCCAAAUAUACUUCUGCUCUUUUGCUCUCACUCCUGGUGCUAUUGGCUUGUUGUAUAAUGUCAAGCCUUUCAAGCAGACUAAGCUACCCGGCUACUCUGUUCUUGGGAACACUGGUGCUGGUGUCUCCCUUGAUUGGCUUAAAGCAAGGCAGAAGGAUUGGCUGAAUAAGUUUGACUGGAGCAAGGAAGAAGCUGCAAUGAACAAACUCAACCAUUCCACAGUUGAUAUUGGGAACAUCACUGUUCAUUUUGUUCAUCAGCGCUCUUCAGAUCCUAAGGCUAUUCCAGUGUUACUGACUCACGGAUGGCCUGGGUCAUUCUACAAAUUUCACAAUGUUAUUAGUCCUCUCAGUAAUCCCGGGGGAGAUUCAAAUGUCUCGUUUCAUGUGGUUGUUCCCUUGAUGCCUGGAUUCAGUUUCUCUUCUCCCGCUCCUAUUGGUAGGAAUAUUAACAUGACCGCUGACUUGUUCAAUACACUCUUGACCGAGGUGUUGGGCUACAAGAGUUAUGCGGCUGCUGCUGGCGACUGGGGCAGUGGCGUCAACUGGGCACUGCAAAAUAACCAUGCGGACACACUUCGAGCAGUUCUGUAUGACGGUCUCAUACCACAGCUAGGCCCUUCGUAUGAACAAAUUGCCUCUGGUCCACAGUUCGCAGAAGAUGUUAAGAAUCUGACAUGGAAACGGAUACUUUGUGGAGCAUUCUACGAGGCAACUAUUGGCUUGGCGUUGUAUGAUAACCCAAUUGGACAGUUAGCUUGGAUAGGAGAAAAGUUCUUGGAGUAUCCUCAAUUUGGGGUUUCCCCAUCCACGAUCACAAACAAUACGAUCCUAACGGAGGUUUCUAUUUACUAUCUGACCGGAACUUUCGAGACGGCGGGGAAUACCUACUACCAGAACUCAGCAGGAUUUAGCACUAAUUUGCUCCACGCGAAAACCAAUGUUCCUAUGGGAUUCGCUUCGUACUACUUUGAUAUUGCGUAUUACCCGCCGUUCUAUGUCGCGAAGGUUGGAAAUCUUGUAUACUAUGCAGACCAUCCACGGGGAGGGCAUUUUACUGGCCUUGACAACCCAGAUGCAUUGAUCGGAGACCUCCGCAAGAUGAUGGGACAAUGGUACUACGCAUAG